AUGCGCGUUACCACCGCCAUCCUCAUCUCUUUCGCUGCAACAGUCUCCGCCCAGGAACUGUGCGACUCGAGCGUGAGCGACCCCAUCGUCGCCACUCUGGACAACAGCGCACUCUUCAGCAACUGCGCGACUGCUGAGAUCAGAGUGCAAACGCGCGUGUCGUCCCUCUUCGACGUGUUACAGUUCACCGCCAAGGAUUUGACCAUCUUCUGUCGAGCGUCUGGCUGCCUGUCCCCAGUGCGAGACCUGGUGGCCUCCAUCCCGCCCAACUGCCUCAUCAAGUACCAUGGAUCGAACCACAAUUUGUCCAAAGAGGUAACGGCGAUACAUGACGAGUGUAUGGAGAGUAACACUGCUGCGAGGAAGGCAGCAGAGGACGAUAUGGCCCGAUACUUCCUCGACAUCUAA